UCAGAGCGUUGGUGGCUAGUCAAGCUGCCAUCAACAACAGCCUCAAAGCAGGGCCGACAUGACAGAGGGAAAGAAGUUUGCUGAGGUAGUGGAUGGGGCAGGGAGUAGUCAACGUGACAAUCAGAGAGAGUCGGCGCAGGGCACACUUGGGCAACCAUCCGUGAUUGAGGCCUCUCGAGAGUCAUCCCUGAGGAGAGUUAUUCUAGAGCCGGAAGAGGCAAAGGCAAAGAGAGAAGCAGAGGGCGAGGACUUCGAAUUUAGGGCGCCUACUGAGCUCGUUAUCCAGCCUGAGACGUCUUUUGGACAAAUGUCGGAAUCCUUAGCUCCACAAGUGAAAGACAGGCAGCAGACAGCAGUCAGUGAGCCUGCACUUGUAUCAUACGAAGAGUCCAUGGGUAUACUCCUUGAGGCAGUCGACACUAUGCAAGAAGAGGCAAGCCUGUUUUCAUCUAAACGAAGGGUGGAGGAGCCUCAAGAAGGCGAGAUGACGGUUACGAUGGAGGGUGUCUUUGAGGGUAGGUCACAGAGGCUGGAUACUCCUGAGUACAGACCUAAGGGAGUUGGGAUGCGGGCAGAGCCGAGUACUCAGGAGAUGGGUAUGAGAUCUGGGGAGCCUAUGGACGUACCUUAGAGCUAUGAGAUGGGCAGAGAGGCUAGCGAGGCACCUUCGUCGCCAGAGUCUCCGAAAAAGAAGAAGGGACUAAGAAAGUCGUAUGACCCGACCUGUUUUUUUUGCAAGACAGGGGAGCAUAGGGCCUUGCAGUGUUCUAAGUUUUUGAAGGACAAGGUAGCAGGGAAGGUUACUGAGAGUGAUGGUAGGAUGUAUAAUAGACAGGGUAGAAUAAUAGAGCGAUCUGCCAAUGAGGGCAAGACUCAGUUGUAUAGGCAAAACCAGGAGAAAAUGAGUGAGUAGGGACUGGUUUACCUAUGUGUAAAUUACUGUUAGAGUAACAUAAGAAUGAGCAGAAUAUGUAUACUCGGGCAAGAGGUUUGACCGUAUCUUUGUUUUUGUUUUUUCGUUUUUAAAAGUCUGGAUAUUUGCGUUGUUAAGUUGUACAUAUGGAGGAUUACAGCGUAUGUUUCUCAUUGAGACUCUUUUUAGUGAUAUAAGAGUCAGGAUCAUGUAAGAUAACAACUGUAUGAUGAGGGUAUUCUUCCUUAACUUUGAAAUUUAGAUCCAGUACUUGUCUCAUCGACAUUGCUAAGCAGUACGGUUGGCCAUGUACCAUAUUGAGGGUGACAUUGAUUGGUCCGAGUGAGUUAUGGAUCUAGGCUACUAUGUGUGUUUUUUGGAUAAGGUAUCUCGUCCCUGAGUGUAUUUUUCAGUUGAGUUUCAUCUGAGACUAUUCCCCUGUAUAUGACGAUCACAAUCACUCUCACAUGAGUGGUUUUAUCCUGAUGUAUGAUGGUUUUUGUGUGAGAUGUAUGAGAAACAUCUCAUGUAUUUUGUAUUUUGUGAAUGUGAAUGAAUGUGGAUUGUCUAC